AUGGUCCACGUUAUUUAAUUUGACUCGGUUUUGCAUCAACUCUACUCAUGUCUCACUUGCAUAUAUUAUAAAUACCCUACUCUCACUAGUCAUUCUCAUCGCAUACAUCAAAUUGAAACUGGUUCUAAUUUCUAAACUCUUGUAGGUUGUAACAACAACCUAUUAUUAGCUUUCACAUAAAAGAAAAUGAAGCAAAAGAUUGUGAUGCAGGUCCACAUGAAUUGCCAGAAAUGCAGAACAAAGGCACUCAAGGUUGCUGCUUCUGCAAACGGAGUGGAUUUUGUGGGAAUAGAGGGAGACGAAAAGAAGAACAUGGUAGUUAUUGGAGAUGGGGUUGAUCCUGUUAAGUUGACAAAUUCUCUCAGGAAAAAGGUUGGACAAACUAAUAUCAUAAGCUUAGCAGAGGUUAAACCCAGUUAAUUAAUAUUUCGGCAAAUUUCACAAGAAUUCUCAAGGCACCAGAGAAUUCGCCUUCAUAGUUUUCUUCUAUAUGUUUAUAUAAUCCCACAUUUUUGUUUAGUUGUUUUUGUAAAAACUUACAUGCAUUGAAAGCUUUGUUGUACUUGUACUCCCCUAAGGCAUUUACCAUUUUAAGUUUUAAUGGCAGAGAGAUACAGAGCAAUUUUCCCAAUUCGAUUAACAGAUUUGAACAAUGAUUGUGUUGUAGUGAUUGAAUAAUACUUCCAUCAUUUA